GCAAUAUUCGCCGGCGUAGAGGAGGAGAACACGACCAGUUCUGACGGAGACAAACCCGGCGCAGGUACGAGUAGUGCGAAUAGACUUCUUCCCUCAAUACACGUUCCUUUCGCACAGCCACAGUCGCUUUGCUCCGUCCUCUCGGGAAAUUUUCCUGGUGCCGCUGCACUGGUGAACUUGGUUCCCAACUUACACGUCCAGAACUUUGGUUGCAGUGUCGUCUCCCGUUUGGACAACAGAUCCGUCCUGUCGGUCUCCUUGGAUCAGACAGGGGGAUCAGGGUUUUUUAGCUCCAUGUCCUUCUUCAGCAGCGGACUUUUUAACAACUUCUGGAAGCGCGACGCAGGAGGUGGUUCUCAACAACGAGAAAUGUUGUUAGCCGCGCCGCCCGCAGCAGCAUCCUUAGCCGCGCGCCCGGUUGUAGGUAGCAGAAGUUUCUCCGCCCCCUCUGAAGAAGCGAAAAUCCGUCUGAAGGCGAGCUAUGACCGGGAGUUAUUCGUUCCGACAGUGAGAAGUAGUGGCGGUUCAUCUACUUCGUUUUCAAGCGGAGGAGCCAGCAGCUCGAGUUCCGGCCCUUCUGGUAGUUCUGGCAAGAGCAACAAAAACCGAUACUUCCUUUCCGCGCAAUACAAACUCGACCAGAAGAACAUCGAGUUCACUUCGAAGCUGAAGUUCAUACCGAUCUUUUCUUCUUCUGCGGGGACAGGAGAGGGUGACACUGCUGAUCAUGGGAACGCCAGGUCAUCGUCCGGGGGAAGAAAAACCAGCAGCAGUGGCAACAUCCCGGAUCCCUUAACGUUUUCCGCAGUGUUGGGCGUGAAUUUUGGAAACAAGGAGUUUCUCAUGCAGCAAUUGGAGGACGAUGGACCACCGGAACAAACGUUCGUCAUGCAGAACAGCAUGCCUAGCCGCGCAAAUAAUAGAUUCCUCGCACCAUUACAGAUCUUUCUCUCGGUUUUCAGCUUUGCGAAGGUCCAGAUAGAUCUGAAAAACGUGCCCGACGAGCUGUCAAGAUUGUCUUGGAGCCUGCAGGCGAACACGGGGAGUAUAAAAUUCCAGUUGUCUUUCUCCUACGCUAGGUAAAAGUGUCGGGCGGUUCUCGGGGUUUUGCAGGACGGAUUUGUAUUCCACCUGACCUUCUGAUUCUGCUUCUGUCUCAGCAUUACAGAUUUGACUUUGCGUUGUCAGAUACCAAUACCGGUCGUUGCCAACAUGCAGAUUUUAUCCGACCAGAACCACGACUCCCCGGCACUACUUUGCCCAUGCAUACCGAACGUGCCGGUCUGAGUUUCGACCUGCCCCUCGAACUGAGAAACGUGCAUCUACACGACCCGAACUUUCUGGGACUGCAACAACUCAACGGUCCUGGUUUUGACAGGAACUUCGGAAAGAGGUAUGCAACCGGAGCCGCAGGUGCAACAGACGGCAGUUCUUUCCUGCAUGCGACGAGAUACUUGGAAACGCUGGCGCUGUGUAGCUGCGUGUACGCCCUGGCGCCGUUGGUGCUCAAGCUUCCGGCUUUGUACGAAGUGUGUCGCGGGCGGAGGAACAAGGAGUGAAGUUCUACUCAUGUUGACAUGCAAACUGUCCUACUUUAUUCGAUGGUGCAUUGCAAACCGGGGGGCUUCUUUUGGGAAAACCACGUACUAGGCACAACUAGCCGUCCUCGCACUCUUGCUUAAGUGAGUACGUCUACGAUGAUACGCUGUCCACUGAUGUUUGGACCACGAGCAGGAUGUCGUUAGAGAGAUUUGCAUGCAGGAGCGUUUCAGCCGGGGGUGCCGUGAUUCUGAAGCGUGGUCUUGUUUGAAAUAGCAAAUUGUGCUGUGUAAAUGUAGCAAAAGUGAAGCUGUCGUGUCGAGGUCGAAAUCAAAGUGGAGCUCCCUCUGUGGCCUAGUUGUUCAUCGUCGGGGGUUUUAGUGUAGAUUACAAACCUGUGCGAAUCUGAGCUUCUGCAACAGAGAUGAUCAUAAGUGUUGAUAGUGAAUGCGAAACGGAUUCUGCCUUGCAAACUAAAGACCACAGCCCGGUGGACGUACUGGAGGUAUAGAAGCAAUACCAAGUUGAGCAGAUCAGGG